AUGCCCUCACAUCAGCUGAAUGCGUCAAGCCACGACCCGGAGCGCACUGAGUUCACGCCGCCAAACCACGCAACAGGCUCGGGGGGACACAUCCAGUCACAGACCCCGACGUCGAGAGCGCCCUCAUCCAAAGACAUGGGGGGCCCUCAGCUGCUUGUGCUGCUGUCAGUCACCGUGCUCUCCCAGGUGUCAGGCCUGAGCUUCGCCACUCCAGAGGCCGACAGCGACGUGACCUCCAGCCCUGACGCCUAUCCCCCCGGUACAACCACCAACCCCACCCAGGCCGUGCCCCGGCUCCGGCAGAGGGAGUCCACCCCCGCUGGACUGUCCCCGGGGAUGCUGACCACAAGUCCCUCCAGACAGUCCUCCCUGCCCGUGGAGGAGGAGACCACCACUACACUGAUUACAACCACCACCAUCACCACCAUGCACGCUUCAGUACAAUGCAACGCAACCUUGUCCGCUAUGGAGGAUGUGGUUGAGUCACCGGAGCCGGGCACAGAGUCGCCCCUGGAGUGCACAUACAGCAUCACCGUCUACUCGGGAUACGGAGUAGAGAUACAGGUGAAGAAAGUGGAGCUGUCCCGAGAUGAGUCCCUGACCAUCAUGACCUACGGGAGUCAGGGGUUGAAGUUCUUGGCCGACAAAGCCGUCAUGAGCGAGGGUCAGGUGAUCCGCAGCACCACCAAUCAGGUCUUCAUCCACUACAAGAGCCGUCGCCAAAGCAACCACGGCCUCUUCAGCCUCCACUACCAAGCCUACGUUCUCUCCUGCCCCUUCCCUCGCUCCCCGGAAAACGGCGGUGUGACCGUGACAGACAUCCACCCCGGGGGUCAGGCCCACUUCCACUGUGACCCCGGCUUUCAGGUGCGAGGGCACGAGGUGGCUUCAUGCGUCAACGCCACGGAGCCUCGCUGGAGCAGCCCCGAGCCGCACUGCGUCGCGGUGUCGUGUGGAGGAUGGGUCCGUAAUGCCACAGUGGGCCGCAUUCUGUCUCCGCCCCCUCCCUCUGUGAGCAACCACAGCUCUGGGAACAACCUGAGCUGUCACUGGCUGAUCGAGGCCAAAGAGGGCCACAGGCUGCACCUGCACUUUGAGAGGAUUGCUCUGGACGAGGACGAGGACAGGCUCAUCGUGCGCAGUGGAAACAGCUCGUCCUCUCCUUCUCUGUUUGAUUCGGACGCAGACGAUGUUCCCGAGCGCGGCCUCCUCAGCGACAGCGCGGCCCUGUACCUGGAGCUGACCGCCGACUCCUCCUCCAUCCCUCUGCUGCUCGCCCUGCGCUACGAAGCCUUCGACGACGAGCACUGCUGGGAGCCGUACAUGCCCCAUGGCAACUUCACCAGCAGCGACCUGAGCUUCCAGCUCGGCACCACGGUCACUUUCAGCUGUUCGCCCGGCUUCGUCAUGGAGCAGGGGUCAUCUGCCAUUGAGUGUGUGGACCCCAGCAACCCGCACUGGAACGACACCGAACCUGUCUGCAAAGCUCUGUGUGGAGGCGACCUGAGCGAGCCCUCUGGGACCAUCCUGUCUCCUGAUUGGCCCCAGAGUUACUCCAAAGGCCUGGACUGUGUGUGGCAGAUCCACGCCAGCGAGGACAAACGAAUUGAGCUGGAUAUCCACAUCCUCAACAUUCGGAAUGCGGACGUGCUGACCGUGUUCGAUGGCCGAGACCUGAUGUCCCAUGUGAUUGGUCAGUACCUGGGCUCCAGAGAGCGUUGCCAGGUGGUCUCCGGGGGCUCUGAGGUCACCAUCCAGUUCCAGAGUGAUCCAGACGACUCCACAUUUAUCCUGAGCCAGGGCUUCCUCAUCCACUACCGGGAGGUGGAGCCCAACGACACAUGCCCCAGCCUGCCUCAGAUGGAGUUUGGUUGGAUCAGUUCGUCUCACCCGUCCCAUGUAAGGGGCAGCGUCCUCACCUACACCUGUCUCCCCGGAUACGACAUCAGCGGGACUGACAUCAUCACCUGCCAAUGGGACCUGUCCUGGAGCAGCAACCCGCCCACCUGCGUCAAAGUUCAGCAGUGCCCAGACCCAGGGGAGGUUGUGAACGGAGCGCGCUCUGUUCGGCCUGAAGCCGGCUUCGCGGUUGGGACGGUGGUCCGCUUUUCCUGUAACCAAGGAUACCAACUAGAAGGGCCCAGCCAGAUCUCCUGCCAUGGCCGUGACACAGGGACCCCCAAGUGGAGCGAUCGCAGCCCCAAAUGUGUCUGUGAGUGCUUUUCAUUAUAA